GAGAUGUUGAGUGACAGCUGUCCAAUAGAGACCCUCAGUGCUAGGAGGGCUUGCAGCUUAAGCGCCUCCGCGGUCUGAGGAAUGUCAACUAUUCAACAUGGAGGCGGAGGUCGAUAAGCUGGAACUGAUGUUCCAGAAAGCUGAUUCUGAUUUGGAUUACAUUCAGUAUAGGCUGGAAUAUGAAAUCAAGACUAAUCACCCAGAUUCAGCAGGAGAGAAAAAUGCAGUUACAAUUUUAAAGGAAUUGUCAGCAAUAAAGUCUCGAUAUCAAGCUUUGUCUGCACGCUUUAAGCCAAUUUCUAUUGAGCAAAAAGAAAACCAGAACCGUAUUUGUGCUACUCUGAGCAAGACAAUGACCAUGAUCCAAGAACUACAAAAGCAGACAGACCUGGAGUUAACUCUUCUGACUGAAGAAGAGAAAGCUGUGACAGAGCAGUUAAAAUCUCACAUGCCGGACUUAUAAAGACAUGGAAUUUUAAAAAGGAACUCUAAUGGAGCAAAGAUCAAUUCAAAAGACAUUCAGCGUGAUGUCCUAUUGAUGUCAUUAAUCCAUCAAGGGAUUGGAAGCUGCUAAAAACAUUUGAGAUUUUCCUUGAUCAUGACCUUUUAAUAUCAAGAAAUUACAAGAAGGGUAUAUAUCAUAUGAUCAAAAGCCAAGAAGGAUGACAUGGGAAUAAAGAAAUUUAAAUACAUGUUAA